AUGCCAGGCGAUAGAGUAGUCCCAGAAGCUAUGGACGCUGUACCAAUUGCGCGGCUCGAAGAGCUGCUCGUGCACCUCGCCGAGCUUCGCGACCCCCAGACGCCCAUUAACGCCCGGCUCUUUGACGAGGUCGAGCUACAACUUAACGACGCAAACAUCCCCCCGCUGCUGGACACCGUGCUGCUCCCUCUCACGCAGCUCCUCCGCAGCACCAGCACUUCCUCCCGGGACCCUGAGCCCCUGCUCUCCAUGACGGCCAAGCUGCUCGGGCCCCUCACUUUUAGCCGCGUCCUCACCCUCGCGGACUCAACAUCUAUCCUCACCGCGCUGCGCUCGCCCCUGCCUAGCGCGAACCUGCUCGCGCUCACCAUGCUGCACAAGGCGGCGCGCGGGCCCGACGACGCCGCGCUGCUCAGCACUCUCCCGGAGCUCGUUGCCGCGCUACUCACCUGCUGGCUGGAUACGGAGAGUGCCGCAGUCACGGAGCGCGCCGCCAGAGUCCUGGGCGACCUGCUCAGGACGGACUGCGUUGUCGUCGAGGACGUUGCAACCAAUGGCGCCUUUGCCGCCUUUCCGGCCGAGAUGUUUAAAAGGCGUGUGCCCGGCCACGGCCAUCUCUGGAAUCUCAUUUUUGGUAGCGAGCAGCUCUUUGCCAUUAUCCCUCGAUUAUGCAGAUUUGCCUCGCCAGACAGCGAGGAUAACGACGCGGACAGCCCAUCGAGAACGGAGCGCCAAAUCUCCCUCGCACAGGGCCGUUUGCUGCGUAUCCUCCCGCGUCUCGCAGUCUUCGACUUACGCGCGAUCUCACAGACCUCGUUUCCGGAGCUCGUCCCGCUGCCACAGAAUUUGGCUCGUGACACGGGCCACGGCUUGCUGCAGUGGGCGGCGCUCGCCAUGAUUGACUUAUCGGACCUUCUUAUGCACUACAACCUCAUAGACUUUUUCCAAAGAUUUAUCAGUGUGAUGAGAGUUACGAACUGCGGGCCGCCAUCUACGACGAGAGUAAUUCGAGCGGUCGUCAAGGCCGCCACAGCCAAUGAUGAUCUCUUAAAAACUAGGUUGACUGGGUUUCCCGAUACCUUGUUAGAGGACGAAGCGGAGCCGCUGCGAACAUAUAUAGGGCAACUACUAGACUGA